UUCUCCUUAUCGCUGCUUUAUUUAUUUUAUUCUUCUUUCUAUGGAGAAGGGAGAGCAAGACAAGGCAUCUUCUUCCUCCUGGAUCGCCUUCUUGGCCUAUUGUGGGAAAUCUCUUUCAUUUGAGGAAAAGGCCUCACCAGUCUUUAUAUGCCCUCUCUCUCAAAUACGGCCCAUUGAUGUCUCUCCACCUGGGCAUAAAAACAACAAUGGUUGUCUCCUCUCCUCCCAUGGCCAAGGAGUUUCUCAAAACGCACGAUCACAUCUUCGUCAGGCGGAUUGUGCUAGAAGCCUUCAAGUCUCACAAGUCCUCCCUAGUUUGGGGCCAAUACGGAGCUCACUGGCGUCAUCUCCGACACAUUUAAACUGUUGAACUCUUCAGGCCCAAAAGAAUGGAAGCUCUUCAACACUUGAGAAGAGAUGAGAUAUUUCACACAAUUCGACUAAUUUAUGAGGACAAGGGAAGAGUUGUGGAUAUUAGGCGGACGGUGUUCUGCACGUCUGUAAAUUUGUUAGGCAAAAUGAUCUUCAGCACAAACGUCUUCGAUCCCCACAAUCCAAAGUCUGCAUGGUUCAAAAAUUCCAUGUGCGAGAUGACGAAGCUCAGUGGAACGCCCAAUUUGGCAGACUUUUUUCCGUUUCUCCGGUUCCUCGACCCCCAGAGUGUUUCCUGGGAGAUGGCCAAGCAUUUGAAAGGUGUGUAUGAUUUUGUGGAUUUGUUCAUACAAAAAAGGUUCGCCUCUUCUAGCGAAAUCCUUGAGCGGAAUGACUCCAAGAAGGAUUUUCUAGACGUCCUGCUUGAUUUCAGAAGCGAAGACUUGACUCUCGUUGAUAUUCGAGCCCUGAUAACAGAUUUGUUUGUUGCUGGUAUAGAAACGACCACUACAACAAUUGAAUGGGUUAUGGCAGAUUUCAUUCGCAAUCCACAGAAAUUAUACCGAGUCUGGCAAUAAUUGGAUGAAGUAGUCGGCUG